AUGGCUGCCGUCACCCAAGCCUCCGCUCCCAAGACGGAGCCCUCGAGAGAGGAUGAGACCCUGCUGGUCCUUGCGCGAUUAAUGGAGGGCGGCAAGGAAGACGACGAGACCAUCCGCGACCUGGACCAGCUCACCAAGCUGUUGAAUGACGACCUCCAGCUCAUCCAGGCCAAGACAUCCGCACCCACGAUAUGCAAACUCAUCGACAGCGACUGCGUCGACACCAUCUUGGCAUACCUCGACAUGAGACAGCCAGAGAUCGUCCGCGCACACGCCAUCGUGGCCACCUCCGCCUAUCUCAAGGCCGCCGGUGACGAUGGUGCCAAGAAGCUCUCGGGCUUCUUUUUCGACAAGGUCAAGAGGGGCACUUACGAUGACUACAUUGUCGCCUUCUGCGUUGCUGCUUCAGCCUUCCCCAUCGUCCCGGAUCUGACUGCCGAGCUGUUCCUCAGCGAGGGCUUCCUCAGCUCCCUGGGCCCCCUGAUGAGGAGGAAGUGGAAGAGCCGCAAGGUCGAGACCGCCUGUCUCGAGAUGCUCAACGCCGCCUGCAUGAACUCGCAGUGCCGUGACGCAGUGAACAAGUACUGCACCGAGUGGCUGGAAGAGGUUGUCGACCAGGACCCCGACCAGAUUGCCAAGGAGAUGCAGCAAGAUCCCGAGUACGCCGUCCAGGAGGGCUCCGUCGCCAUGCGGAGGCACUCGGAGCAGGUCCAAAACUUGGCAGCCGUCAUCCUGGCAAAACUGAGGGCGGUGCCCCCGGCGCCGGCGCUGAAUGAGGAGGGGCAAGGGAAGAUUUCACCGGCAAUCACUACCAUCGAAGACCUUUCAACGAGAUUCACAUCAAUGCUCCUGAGCGACGACGACCAUGGAGAUCAACAUUCAAUCGAAGGCCUGGCGUACGCAUCGAUCCAGCCAGCCAUCAAAGAGAAGCUUGCGGGAAACCCAGAUUUCUUGAAGAAGCUGGUCAAGAAGCUGGCGGACGCACCGCCAAAAUCUCCCUUGACCUAUGGAGCGCUCAGUAUCUUGGUGAACAUCACUAGAUACCAACCUAAGCUGUCUGAGGAGGACAAGAAAAUGAACCAGCUGAAGGCAUACGCAGCUGCAGCUGGCAAGGGCGCUGGGCCUGAUCCCCUUAACGACGACGACCAUGUCACAGAACGGUGCAAGCGUGUCUUUGAGGCUGGCGUCACCCCGGUCCUGGUCACGCACAGCAAGUUUGGUUCACCUGCGUCACUUUCUCUCACUGUCGCUAUCAUUUAUUCCCUAUCAGUUACAACCUCUUUGCGUGGAAAGCUGGCACAGCAAGGCGCUGUGAAACUACUCCUCACGGCGUGGGCCACACUUCCAGAGACUGAGGCCGCAGGAAGGCGGACAGCCGCUCAGGCUCUGGCGCGAAUUCUUAUCAGCACCAACCCGGCUCUCGUGUUCGGCGGCAGCCGCUCCAAUCCUCAAGCUUCAGCUAUCAGACCGCUUGUUUCCAUCAUUCCUCCGGACCCAGCAGCGGAGCACCGAGACCUGCUUCCAACUUUUGAAGCGCUCAUGGCACUUACUAACCUCGCAUCGACUGACGAUCUUGACACUAGAAGAGCCAUCAUCCGGGUAGCCUGGCCACAGAUUGAAGACCAAUUGCUUUGCUCAAACGCGCGCGUAUCGAAGGCUGCCGUCGAACUCAUCUGCAACCUCGUACAAGCGGUUGAAGGCUUGGCACUGUAUGCCGACGGUAGCCCCCAGGCAAAGGGCCGCAUGCACAUUCUCCUUGCACUAGCCGACGCAGAGGACGAGGGCACACGCAGCGCUGCCGGUGGCGCUCUCGCCGCUCUCACAGGGCACGAGAACGUUGUACAAGCCAUUGUGGACCGUGAGCGAGGAGUCAAGGUUGUCCUCGACAUGUGCGCGGAUGACAACGAGGACCUGCGUCACCGGGCUGGUUUCAUUAUUUACAACAUGGUGGCUGCCGAGGGUGCACCUGGGGCUAACGCCCGCAAGAAGAUUAUCGAGGAGGGCGGUCUUGAGGUUCUCAAGGAGGCGGCCAAGAAGAGCCGGCGGGCGGAGGUUCUCGAGGUUCUCGUUCAGGCGUUGAAGAUUCUGCUCGAGGAUACCAAUAACAGGGCGUUGGAGGGUUAG